UAAAAUGAAUGAUUUAAGUUUUAACGUACCUUUAGCCAAAUUCGAAUCCGAAGAAUGGUUAGAUUUUUCAGAUCAAAAAACCAUGUAUGAAGCAGAAGUUAUAGAAAAUAUUAAAAUGGAAAAAUCAGAAAAAAAUUAUAAAGAAAAGAUUUAUAAUGAUAUAUUUUCUGAAAAGUUAUCACAUUCUUUGGAAGAUCUUGUUAAUUCUUUUGAUCAUAAAGUCAUAAAAUGCCUUAAAGAUUAUAAAGAAAAUGUUGGAAAUAUUGCUCCCAUGCAAAUGCGCUCGCAAGAUCAAAUAAUGGAUGAUUGCCCAACAUGGUGGACAUUAACUGGCAAUUUUGGGCCCUUUUUACCUAUCGACUGGAACAAAACGCUGGCUAAGAAACUGUACCUACCUUCACUCAAUAUGAGAAAUGACAAACACACCUUCGAAGAUGACGCUAGUUACAAUUCGUCGGAUUGUGAAACAGAACAAUUUCGCAAAUUUAAAAUGCACCAAAGCGCCUUAAAUGAUAAAAUUGGAAAGCAAGACGCUAUUUUGCAAAUAGAAACAGCCGAAGAAGUCAUCAAAGAACUCAAUCGGAUGCUUAAAGAAAGUCCGACAACUUCUCUAGACAGUGGCGUUACCCCUGAAAUAUAUUCUUCCGAUCCAAUGAAUUUCGAAAACGAUUCGGCGAAAUAUUCGUCUUAUAUUGAACCAUAUUUACCGUAUACCAAGGAUGAUCUUGAGAGUUUUAUGUUCGAUCGGUUGAAUCAAGCAAACAGCCAAUUAACAUCUUGCAUCGAGGACCAAUCGGAAUGCUUGAUUAGUGAGUUAGCCAUACGUGAUGAACUGGAAUACGAGAAGGAACUCAAGAAUGGGUUUAUCUCUCUUUUGAUGAAUAUUCAGGACAAAAAACGCGCCUUUAUAGCUCACGGUAAGAUCAACAAACCUCUUCCUAUCAAUUCCCCAAUGUCACUCAUUAACAAAUUACAGAAUCUAGUCACACUUAAACAGUUUAAUCACCGCGAGUUUUCAAACAAUAGUGUUGAUCAUUGUAACGUUAACAAUGAUAGCCAUGGGCUUGACUUGGGUAUUAUGAAAGUGGGUAUAACUUUCAAAAAUGGCGAUUUGGUGUACUCCUCGGAAGAUUAUUCAAAGAGUUCUGUAUCUAGCUUCUCUAGCAAAGAUAAAAACGAGACCCCACAAAAUGUCAAUUUGGAUGAUAAUCUUAUUAUAUUCGGGGACGAAAAAAAAAGCCUAGAACCUGCGACUGACGCUACAAUCGGGGAAUUAAAACCAGUGCAUGAUAACUUUAACGAUCAUAUUAGUAGACAAGAUAUUAAUGUUGACUUCGCCUCUAAAGUCAAGUGCGAGGCGACUGAAUUUAACGGCGAGGAUGCGCAAGAAGAAAAAACAAAUCAGAUCUACCGAGCAAUGGGAGAUGAAGAUUCGAAUUUUUUAUCGGUUUUAGGAAUCUCCCCUCACAGCCCUCCCAGCAUCUCCCCGUCGCUUAGCUCCCCAAUUUCUAACCAGUUCAAAACACUGCCAUCAAGCAACACUCAUUGCAAUCUAAAGGAUCUCGCAAAAAGAGAUCUGUCCGUGCAAUCCUCCUUUUCCUUCAAUAGCUUCGCGAAUUCUUAUAGCAACGGUUCGGAUUCUGGUAGCUGUUCAUCUUCGUUUUCUUCCUUCCUGCCACUUCCUACAUCGUCGUUGUAUACUUCUCCCUCUCUCGUUUUAAAGCCAUUCGAAAAUGUUAGGCAACAUUAUAACGUUUCACAUUCGUUCAACAAUAAGGGAAAGUUUCUAACAACUAUCAUUCCAUAUAACUUUGAGAUGGGUCCACCGAAUACACCAAUUUUGCGAAUUCUAAUCAAAAUUUUAAAUGCUAUCAAUGAGGACAACGAUCAAGUUCCCGGCUUGCUAACUGAUUACAUAUUAAAAGUUUUGAAAAAAAAAUAUAAUAUAUGAACGAAAAGUGAUUUGCCCCACGGAUUAACCAGGACUAAACUCAACUUUCAACGUAUCCAAUCAUAAUUUUUUUUAUUUUUAAUUUAACAUAAUUUAUCACCACGCACUAAUACGUAUUAUGCUCACUUUAGCUUUAUAAAAAUCAAUUUUUUAAAAAAAAAAUUUUACAUUUUUUUUUAUAAUAAUUAAAAAAAUGCAAAAUUAUAAUAUAUUUUUUUACAAAUGUGAUAAUUAUUACCAUCACCUUGCUUAUAAUCAAAUCAAAAUGGACAAUUUAAACCGUUUU